AUGGGAGCUGAGAAGAAAUGGCUCCUAACGCUCUUCUCGGCCACAUUCCUCUCUCUCCUCCUCCUCUUGCUCUCCUCCAUCUCUGCCUUCAGCUCACCCAAACCCUUCCUUUCAAUUGUCCAGCACGGCUCUCACUACCCGCCCGCUUUCGCUUACUACAUAUGGGGCGGCCGGGGCGAUAGGGGUCGGAUCCUCCGGCUAUUGCUCGCCGUCUAUCAUCCGCGAAAUCGCUACUUGUUGCAUCUCUCGGCUGAUGAAUCUGAAGAUGAGCGGCGCCGCCUUGCCUCGGCCAUCAAGGAGGUGCCAGCAAUUCGAGCAUUUGGUAAUGUGGAUGUGGUGGGCAAGCCUGAUCGAAUCACCUACAUGGGCUCUUCGAAUAUUGCCACCACGUUGCGCGCUGCGGCGAUUUUGUUGAAGUUUGACAGUGGAUGGGAUUGGUUCGUCACUUUGAGUGCUAUGGAUUACCCACUUAUCACUCAGGACGACCUGUCUCAUGUGUUCUCCUCUGUUAGAAGAGAUCUCAAUUUCAUUGAUCACACCAGUGACCUUGGAUGGAAAGAGUUGCAUAGGGUCCGGCCAAUUGUAGUUGAUCCAGGGUUAUACCUAGCCCGGAGGAGCCAAAUUUUCCAUGCUACAGAGAAGCGGAAAACUCCUGAUGCUUUUAAAAUAUUCACAGGUUCCCCAUGGGUCAUCCUGAGCAGAUCCUUUCUGGAAUUUUGCAUUCUUGGUUGGGAUAACCUUCCCCGGACCAUGCUCAUGUACUUUACGAAUGUGAUGUUGUCCCAGGAAGGAUAUUUUCAUUCUGUUAUAUGCAAUUCACCAGAGUUUAAGAACACUACUGUGAACAGUGAUUUAAGAUACAUGAUCUGGGACACUCCCCCCAAAAUGGAACCCCACUUCCUCAAUAUGUCGGAUUAUGAUCAAAUGGUUCAAGGUGGAGCUGCUUUUGCCCGACAAUUCCAGAAAGAUGACCCUGUGCUGGACAUGGUUGAUGAAAGGAUCCUCAAGCGUGGGCGAAAUCGAGCUGCCCCAGGGGCAUGGUGCUCAGGCUGGAAAAGCUGGUGGAUGGAUCCAUGCUCUCAAUGGGGUGAUGCCAAUAUCUUGAAGCCGGGGCCCCAAGCGAAGAAAUUUGAAGAGUCGAUUACUAACCUUCUUGAUGACUGGACUGCGCAAUCAAAUCAAUGCCAAUGA